AUGGCGGAGGGUGAUGCAUCUGAAUAUGUCAUCUCAGGACUGAAGCUGACAAAAUUCUUUGCUUCAAACCAGAUUUUACCAAGUGAAUGUCUGAGCUGUUUAGUAGAACUUAUUGAAGACCCAAAUAUAAGCCCAUCAUUAACUUUAACUGUGGUGGGCUUGCUCUCUCAACUAGUUUUAGACAAUGAGAUCAGAGAAGCCCUUCAGAAUACUUACAGUCUGUGUAGUGUUCUGGCAGGUGUGAUUCUUCGAAGUACUAGCAACCCUGUUGAGCCAGUAUUACUCCAGAGUGUUCAACUGCUGCAGAAAUUGACCUAUAAUUCGAGAGUAUUCCAUCCCAGUGCUCAUAUUGAUGACUUGAUUUUAUUCCUUUUGAAUCGUAUCCAAUCUACAGAAGAUGAGUUAACUAUACCAUGUCUAGGACUAAUGGCAAAUCUGUGUCGACACAAUCUUUCCAUUCAAGCACACAUCAAAACAUUGACUAACGUCAAGAAUUUCUAUCGCACUCUGAUCAGUUUUUUGGCUCACAGUAGUCUAACGAUGGUUGUAUUUGCACUUUCAAUAUUAUCAAGUCUUACAUUAAAUGAAGAAGUUGGAGAAAAGCUUUUUCAUUCCAGAAACAUUCAUCAGACUUUCCAGUUAAUCUUCAACAUUCUUGUGAAUGGUGAUGGAACACUGACAAGAAAGUAUUCUGUUGAUCUGCUCAUGGAUCUGCUAAAAAAUCCAAAAAUUGCAAAUUAUCUUACAAAGUAUGAACAUUUUACAUCCUGCCUCAGUCAGGUGUUGGGCCUCCUUCAUGGAAGGGACUCUGAUUCGUCAGCAAAGGUGUUAGAAUUACUGCUUGCUUUCUGUUCAGUAACAGAACUUCGUCAUGUUUUGCGUCUAGCAAUAUUGGAACCAAAUAAGGCAAGCAGUGGAAGUGCAAGACUUACAACUCGAUCUAAGCCAUCAGAGCCAUCUGCUGUCUUAGUACAUUGGUCAAACCAACCCUUGGAAGCAUCUGAAAACUGCUCAAACCUUGCUUUGGAGCUGUUCAAGGAGAUACUUGAGGAUGUCAUAGAUUCAGGUAAUAGUACAAUAGCUGAGCGCUUUGUGGAUCUUCUCCUGCCUGUUCUCCUUGAUCAUCUUCAUUUCCCAGAUCAUAUUUUGGAAGAUGCACUAACAAAGAAGAAAUGUGAAAGAAUGAUCAAAGCUAUUGAUAUCUUGAUAACGCUCUGUGCAGAUGACAUGCUAAAAAUGCAUGUUACUAAAGUUCUCACAACUAGCAAAUGCACUUCUUUGAUCGAACACCAAUUCGCAUGCAGUGGGAAUGACUUUGGAUUUGGAGCAAAAGUAAUGGAUAUUGAACUGAGUAAGCUUGCUGCUGAUAUGAUUCUAAAAAUGCUGGAUCUUAUGAGCAAGCUUAAACAGUUGGUACCUAAUAUGGAAGUUGGCUUUUACAAAGUUCUUCAAGAUCAGCGUCUGAUUACACAUUUGGCAUUUGCUUUAACAUCAGACCACAGAGAGCAAGUCCAGGCUGGGCUCAGAAUACUGUUUGAAGCAGCACCAUUGCCAGAUUUCCCUGGCAUAAUGCUUGGUGAAAGCAUUGCGGCUAAUAAUUCUUAUAGACAGCAGGAAGCAGAGCAUGUAUCUAAAAGAAGUCACAUGCAAACAUCCAUGACCAGUGUUAACUCAAUGAAGUGCUCUAUUGUUUACCCUCCAAAUGAUGAUGCUGAAAUGCACAAUAUUCAGGAACUGAUACAGAAACUUCAAUCUGGCCUGGAGAUGAAAGAAUCGGUCACCGACAUAAGGAUUUCUGAAAUAAUGGAUGUGUAUGAGCAGAAACUGUCCGCAUUAGCAUCCAAAGAAACAAGGUUGCAGGACCUUUUGGAAGCGAAGGCAUUAGCUCUUGCUCAAGCAGAUAGACUUAUUGCCCAGUAUCGUUGCCAGAGAGCUCAAGCUGAGUCAGAGGCUAGGACUCUUGCUUCGGUGUUGAAGGAUGCUGAACGAAAAAAUGAAGAUCUUGAGGCAUUGUUAAAAGCACAGCAAGUAGAAUCUGAACGGGCACAAAGUGAUAUAGAACAACUCUUUCAACACAAUAGAAAGCUACAGACUAUAGCAGAAGAAUACGAGUUGCUAAAAAGAUCUUCUGUUGACCUUCUUCAAAAGUAUGAAACAAUAGAAAAACAAUAUAAUGAUCUGCAGCUAAUGUGUAAUUCAUUGAAUAAACAGCUUGAGAACAUAAAAAAGCUGAAUGAAUCACUCAAACAACAAAAUGACAAAACUGUUGCUCAGUUGCUAGAAACAGAAGAGCAUAAGAAAGAAUUACACAAACAAUUGCAAGAUAAAGAUACAAAAAUAUCAAGUUUUCAGCAGAAGGCAAAGGUUCAGGAAGAAAAACUGAAAGCCAGGCAAAAGGAAAAAGCAGAUAUGGAGGAAACCAUAGACAUCCUUAGAAAAGAACUGAGCAAAACAGAACAGGCAAGGAAAGAACUUAGCAUUAAGGCUUCAUCUUUGGAAGUGCAGAAGUCACAGUUGGAAGGGCGAUUGGAAGAAAAGGAGUCCUUAGUCAAACUCCAGCAAGAAGAACUGAACAAACAUUCUCAUAUGAUAGCAAUGAUACAUAGCUUAAGUGGCGGAAAGCUAAGUGCAGAGGCUGUGAAUCUCAGUUUAUAAAGUCUGAUUCCCUACUAUAAGAUUUCACUAAAAGCUGACCAAAUUGAAUGUAUGAUUUCAGGAUUGCUGUCUAAAAGAAAUUCCAUGUUUGUAGAGAACUGCCACACACAAAUGUAUAUAUGUAAUAAAUAAAUAAAAGGCUUUUUGAAGGAAACAGGGAAACUAAUGCCCACAUAGCUAACUGUGCAGGUCUUGUUUGCUGGUUUAACAAGAAUAAAUUUGCCAUCAGUUUUAAAAAUGGCAGAGUUAAGUUCUUGCCGAUGCACAUACUGUCACGUACAAUGGGAUUUGGGCAGGGUGAUUGAUGUUCCACUUUUAAGCUGAUUUUACUUUUAGCUUUUUAUGUUGAUUUUUAUAAACGGUUUGUAUAUAGAAUUCAGUACAGUAGAAUCCACCUGUUUAACAUAUAAAUCCAGAGAUUAGUGGGGAAUAUACAAAUGCUGUGUAUAUAUGAAAACAUACUUUUUGUAAGAUUUGCAUUGGACAGGUUUUAAUUAUAGCAGCAUGAAUUAAAUGUGCAAUUAAAAAUGUUGCUGCCUAAAUGCUGUUUCCAGGAAAUAGAGAACAAAUGCCAAUAGUCACUGCCUUUCAGUUCUGUAGGCUUCUGAAAAUAUCUUUCCAUAUUACCUAAAGUUAACAUAUUAUUGCUAUUCUUAUUUUAUCUGAAGUGUUUGUUUAGAAUCUACAUUUACAUGUAACCAAAAAAGAAAAAGAAAAACUCAACCACUCAUACACAUUUAAACCACUGUAUGAAUUUUUAAAGAUAAUUAUUUUAAUGAGAAUAAGAAUUUAAGAAAAGUAAUAAAAAGCAAAGACAUUCAUUUUGAUACUCAGUAUGAUGCCAGUACAUUUUAAUGAAUGAAACUUGAUGAUAAUGGAAGGCAUUAACAUUCUAAAACUUAGUAUUACUGUAAUUCCAUUUUGAGUACAGUGAUGUUAAGCCAAAAUGUCAACAAAUAUUUUUAAACUUUGUUUCAAGCGUCUCUUGGCUCAGUUGUGUGCCUAAUAUGUACAACUGAUGCUGUCAAUUACAUUUUGAGACUCUUUUAUUGUCUCUAACCCUAGUGGUGAUAGACAUUUCAAUGAAAUAUUUAUUAUGGGCCUAUAUUUAUAGCUCCUCUUAUAAUUUUGUUGUAGAUGGCAUUUGUGUCUGGGGAGGAAAAUAAAAAAUUAAUCCUUGAA